CAGUGGUCCAUGGUGGCAACGCAGCAAGCAAGGUGUGUUGACGGAGACCCAAAAUCCUCUCCGUCUUAUCUUCCUCCCAUACAAAUCUCUCGCUCCAUUCUCUUCUCUGCGGCCAUUGACACUCUCUCUCUCUCUCUCUGUAUAGAGAUAGACCAAGAGAUUGAAUUUUUACCUACCCAAUCAAUCAUCAAUACCGCUCUCUUCAUAUUCAGCCGUAAAGAAUGGCAGCUGAUCAGAGGAGAAAGAGGAUGAGCAGUGCCAAUGUGAUUGGUUUCAGUUCAAGGGAGCAUUACAGAGCCAAAAGGAAAAAAGUUGGUUCACCAGAUGGUGGUUUGCGUUUGAGAGAUCAUCACAUCAGUCUUGAAUGGGACGGUAACCGAAGUAAAGUUGUAUCUAAGAGGGAACAAGUUGGGCUGAGUUUGAGGCAUCUUCGAGAAUUUGUUAACUAUGUUCCUCCUAGGCGGAGUCUUCUGGCACAAGUAUGCCCCGUCCCUCACGAAACUUUCCAGCUGGAAAAUCUCUCAGAGGUGCUUUCUACUGAGGUGUGGCGGAGUUGUCUAUCUGAUGGCGAAAGAAAUUAUCUAAAGCAGUUCCUCCCUGAGGGAAUUGAUGUGGAGGAAGUUGUAGAGCAAUUGCUUGAUGGGGAGAAUUUUCAUUUUGGCAAUCCUUUUCUUGAUUGGGGAACAAGUGUCUGCUCCGUCAAAGCUCAUCCAGAUCAAAUUGUUUCUCAGGAGGAAUGCCUGAGGGCUGCUAAAAGGAGAUAUUACGCGGAUCUAGAGAAGUACCAUAAUGAUAUUAUAGACUCUUUGCAGAUGUUGAAGGAGAAAUGGGAAAGCUGCAAAGAUCCAGAGAAGGAUGCUGUUAAGAUGUGGGGGAGAUCAAGUGAAGGCAAUGCACAUGUAAAUGGUAGGUGCCAUGAUCUAGCUGCUGCAUCGGAGUCUAGUUCCCGGGAUGCAGAUGAUAAACCAUGCAAUAGUGAUAGGAGUGGAGAGGUUAAGAGAAGGCCCACGAGUACUGCUAUAGAGAAAGAAAAAUCUCAAAGUCCCUUGAUUGCUCCAGAGAAUGUUGUAAACGUGGGAGUGAAAGCUGGAAAAAAGGAUAAGCUACCGAAGCAUAGCAUUCAGCAAACUGAUGGUGCUAAAUACAUGUCCUACCUUAAGAUAAGCAAGAAGCAGCAUCAGAUUGUCGCAAGCAUGAAGCAGUCUGGUAAAAGCAUUCAGUUGAGAGCACUUAAUCGAAUCUUAGGCAACAUCGACAAUUUGGAUGUUCAACCAUACGGAUUGUUUGUGGAAGAAGAACAGAAGAAACUGAACACUCACUGGCUGCAACUGGUUAAAGAUCUUCCUGCAGCAUAUGCAAUCUGGAAAAAGUUGCAGUCACAGAAACGAGAUGUAAUCAACUCUGUGGAAAGAGAAUUAAAGGACAAACUCAAUCCGUUGAUGGAGGAUAAACAACUGCACUCUGCAGAAAGUUUGAAUCCAAACCAGAGUGGUGAUUUAGCACCGGACGAUGAAGAUUCUGGAAGUUCUGGUCAAGUUAACGCCAAGAAUCACUCCCUUUCAGAGGAUUCUUCGUCUGACGUUGACCAAAUCACAGAUUCAGGUCGCUGCGUGCAAGUUGGUACCUAUCCCUCACAGGUUUCGUCACCAGAUUGUGACAAUGGCAAUCCAGCGGAUACAGAGGAAAAACAAUAUUCUUCUCCCAGCAGGUAUCAUCACCUUAAUCGAAAAGAUGCUGAAGCAAAUGACUAUUCCAGCUCAAUACAAAGCCAGUCUCUCCCACAAACUUCAUUUUCUAGUGACCCCCACCCUUCAUAUCUCGAAGAUACAAUUCCUGUAGGCAAAAACUGUGUACCAGAGGUGGAGAAUGCUUCAAGCCAUGGAGAAGAGUUGCAGUUUCUUUCUGGUGGAGAUGUGUGGCAGCCAGUGGGCGGAAUCAGGCAGUCCUACAUUGGCCACCAAGCUUACACCCCCAGUGGUGGAUUGUCAAUUAUACAUCAUCCUGAAGGUGGUGGUGAAGAAGAGAAAAACGGUUUCAUACACCUUGAAGAAGUUGAUGGAAGGAAGAUGUUGCAGCCGAAAGCAAACAACAGUUUUGGCUCUUUCCCUAACAACAACCAAAAUGAACUGCUCCGGUCUCUAUUUAAAGGCCAAGGUGUGGCAUCUCGUACCACCACUGAGCAGCUUCACACUCUUCUUAAUGUCCCGGAGCAUAAACAAAUUAUGAACAUUGGUUUUCAGCAGGAAGGAAGCAGCAAUCUGAUGGAGAGGAGUCAAUUUCAUGGUCAGUUCCAGCAUCAGAUGACUGCACCACAGGGACUGUCUCAGGACCAGCACAGACAUGUUGAUAUCUAUGGCCAGGGGAGCGUUUCAGAGAACGUUUACUGUGAUGGACGUGGAUUAUUGAUGCAGCGGCCUGACUGGAACACCAGUGUCGCUCAGAUGGGAGUCACCACACAGCAGCCCCUGUUGAACACUGGUCCUUUGUUAAAUCAGAACUGGCAAUUUAAGAGCAUGUGCACAAACACAAACGGUGUUAGCAAUCAUACCGGGACGACCGAGAGUGAUCUGAACCUUCUCAGGGGUGCUAGUACUAACGCUGAGACGAUCAUUCAUAGGGAAAUGAGUUCAGAUCAAAGCUUGUUCUCUGUUUUCUCCCAGUGCAGUCAAUUGCGCCGCUCCAGCUCUCCUUUUGAGCCAGAAAGUUCGAGUGGUAACUAUGAAAUGCUGAUGGGGGGAGGCACAACUCAGGUAGGCAGCAGUUUGGUUCAUCCUACUCACAACCCGCUUGAUUAUUUGAGCAGUAGCACCCCGGUAGCAGCUUUGAUGCCAGAGGAUGUAACGUGGAUGAACAACCAGAGUCGCCAGAACUCUGGUCUCCAUGACCCACUAGGCAAGUUUUAUCCAAGGUCAUGGAAUCCAUAACCAUGUUUUUGAAGUUUUGAAAUGCAGAAAACGCACUUGGGGUCAUCUUUAAGAUUAUACAAAACCCAACAUGGGUUUCUAAGUUUCUAUUUUUUUUAAUCUGUUCAUGUACAUAGAAAGAUACAGAGGAACUUUUGUUUUGUACAUAUUUAGGUUUUGAGAUAUGAACUAGGAAAAAGGUGAGGAUA